AUGUACCGUUUUGUCGUAUGCACUCGUUUGUCGUAUGUACUCAUUUAUCUUAUGUACCCAUUUGUCGUUUGUUCUCUUUUGUCGUAUGUACAAUUUUGUCGGAAGUACUCAUUUGUCGUUUGUUCACUUUUGUCGUUUACUCCGUUUUGUCAUGUGAGCCUUUGUGAGUCUAUUCUAUGUCCUUAUAUUCUAUUUUUUAAUUUUUCAAUGGAAUUACACGUUAAAAAUCCGUGA